GUUUUCCAAUUUUCAAUCAUGGCGCCAAUUUCUGCAUUUUCGGUGCAAUAAACCACUUGUUUUCGUCAAUUUUUUGAUUGUCUUCUCCAAAUUUUUAUCAGUCAUUCUUCACUGUUCACCUUCGUAGCCGCCGGUGACACCGAAAAUGUCGGAUAUUGCUGCUCGUUUUGGAUUCUUCAACUGGAACAACGUGCGCCCGCAGCCCGUGGUUGCCGAAUCGACUGCCUCAUCGUCGAGUCCGAAGCUGUUCAGCAUGAUCACCAACGAUCACGAUCGUCGCAAGCAGAUCUCCGUGCGCGGAAUCGCUCAAGUGGAGAACGUGUCGAACAUCAAGAAGGCGUUCAAUCGCCACCUUCACUUCUCGAUCAUCAAGGAUCGUAACGUGGCCACCGAUCGCGACUACUACUUCGCGCUCGCCAACACUGUCCGCGAUCAUCUCGUGUCUCGCUGGAUACGAACUCAACAACACUACUAUGACAAGGAUCCGAAGCGGGUCUACUAUCUGUCGUUGGAGUUCUACAUGGGGCGAACGCUGUCGAACACAAUGAUGAACCUCGGAAUUCAGGCGACCGUCGACGAGGCGCUCUACCAGCUCGGUCUAGACAUUGAGGAGCUUCAGGAGAUCGAAGAGGACGCCGGGCUCGGAAACGGAGGACUCGGACGUCUCGCCGCGUGUUUCCUCGACUCGAUGGCCACGCUGGGUAUUCCGGCUUACGGAUACGGGCUUCGCUACGAGUACGGAAUCUUCAAGCAACUUAUUCGUGACGGAUGGCAGAUUGAGGAGCCAGACGAUUGGCUUCGCUUCGGAAAUCCAUGGGAGAAGGCUCGUCCAGAGUACAUGCUUCCGGUCAACUUUUAUGGAAAAGUUGUGAAGGAGGAUGGAAAAUCGAAAUGGAUCGACACUCAAGUUGUGUUUGCCAUGCCAUACGACACACCAGUCCCCGGAUACAAGAACAACAUCGUCAACACGCUUCGUUUGUGGUCCGCCAAAGCCGAAAAUCAUUUCCACCUCAAGUUCUUCAACGACGGAGACUACGUGCAGGCUGUGAUGGAUCGUAACUUGUCCGAGAACAUCACUCGUGUCCUCUACCCGAAUGACAACAUGUUCCUCGGAAAGGAGCUCCGUCUCAAGCAGCAAUACUUCCUCGUCGCCGCCACCCUCCAGGACAUCAUCCGCCGCUUCAAGUCCUCCAUCUACGGAAACCGCGAGGCCGUCCGUGUCAACUUCGAGACCUUCCCGGAUAAGGUGGCCAUCCAGCUCAACGACACUCAUCCAUCGAUCGGAAUUCCCGAGUUGAUCCGUCUCCUCAUCGACGUCGAGGGACUCACCUGGGAUCAGGCCUGGGACAUUUGCAUCAAGACCUACGCCUACACCAAUCACACCUUGCUCCCAGAGGCCCUCGAGCGCUGGCCAGUGUCGCUUAUGCAGAAUUUGUUGCCGCGUCAUUUGGAGAUCAUCUACGAGAUCAAUCAGAAGUUCAUGAACACCAUCUCGCAGAGAUUCCCAGGAGAUUUCGACCGUAUGCGUCGUAUGUCGAUUGUCGAGGAGGCCGAUCAGUUCGGCGAGAAGCGCAUCAAUAUGGCUCAUUUGUGCAUUGUGGCUUCUCAUGCCAUUAAUGGAGUCGCGGCUCUUCACUCGGAUCUUCUCAAGAGCUCCACCUUCCGUGACUUCUAUGAGUUCUACCCGGAUCGCUUCCAAAACAAGACGAACGGAAUCACACCACGCCGCUGGCUUCUUCUCUCCAACCCAUCUCUCGCCGACCUCAUCGUCGAGAAGAUCGGCGAGUCGUGGAUCACCAAUCUCGACGAGCUUCAGAAGCUCAAGGAGUACGCCAACGAUGCCGGGUUCCUCGAUUCGAUUCGUCGUGUGAAGCUCGAGAACAAGCAACAAGUCGCCCAGUAUUUGAGCGACGAGUACAAUGUCAACGUGAACGCCGCUUCGUUGUUCGAUGUGCAUGUGAAGAGAAUCCACGAGUACAAGAGACAGCUUCUCAAUAUUCUCCACGUCAUUGCUCUCUACAAUCGUAUCAAGGAGAACCCGAACAUCGAUAUGGUUAAGCGUACCGUGUUGUACGGAGGAAAAGCUGCUCCAGGAUACCAUAUGGCUAAGCAGAUCAUUCGUUUGAUCACCGCCGUCGCCGAACAAGUCAACAAUGAUGCCAUCGUUGGUGAUCGUUUGAAGGUCAUCUUCCUCGAGAACUACCGUGUCUCGAUGGCUGAAAAGAUCAUUCCAGCUUCUGAUCUCUCUGAACAGAUCUCGACCGCCGGAACCGAGGCUUCAGGAACCGGAAACAUGAAGUUCAUGUUGAACGGAGCUCUCACAAUCGGAACUCUCGACGGAGCCAACGUUGAGAUGGCCGAGGAGAUGGGCGACGAGAACAUCUUCAUCUUCGGAAUGAACGUCGAGGAGGUUGAGGCGCUCACAAAGCGCGGAUACUCUUCGCAGGAGUUCAUCGACAAGAGCCCAAUGCUCAAGCAGAUCAUCGAGCAAAUCGAAGGUGGCAUGUUCACUCCAGAAGAUCCAGAUCAGCUCAAGGAUCUCUCCAACAUGCUCCGCUAUCAUGAUCGUUUCAUGGUGUGCGCCGAUUUCGACGCUUUCAUUGAAGCCCAGGAUAAGGUCUCCGCUACAUUCCGCGACCAAGAGAAGUGGUCUCGCAUGGCCCUCUACAACAUCGCCUCGACCGGAAAGUUCUCAACAGAUCGCACAAUCACCGAAUACGCUCGUGAAAUCUGGGGAAUCGACCAGUUCGAGAGCUCUCUUCCAGCACCAUAUGAGAAUGAGAAGAGCGAAUAAUUCUUCUAUGCACUAACAUUGUAAUUAAUUAUCGCCAUAACUUCCCCUCCUCUCCGUCCCAUUUAGUUUAUAGCAUUUUUAUAGAAGCCUUUCCCUCCCCCGAUAAUUCUUGUGAAUCUUCAAGAUCAAAUUGAUUUUGUCCUCUCUGCCCCCAGUCCAAUAAUCGUACUUCCCCCGAAUGUGUUGCCAUACUUUGAGAUUGUCUAUUUGCACGUCUGCCCUGCAUAUUUAUGAUAAAUUGACUGAAAAUAUC